UCUUUCCUUGUACCACUGCAAAGUAUUAUCAAUAUUUUACCAUAAAUUAGGUUUUAAUUUAAUUUAAUUUUUUUUUAUUUUUCUGGGUGUGUUUUUAAUAUGUAUCUAUGCUUUAAUUUCGAAGGGGAGCCCGGUUCUUCUCUUGAACCCAACGACGCGACUCUCUUUCUUUGCUUAUUAAGGGUUGUAUAUAAGUUGGGAUUUCUUCUUGAUACCCCAAAACAAAAAAAAAGAAGAAGAAGGGGACAUGGCUUUGGAAUCACAGUCGCAGAAGAAGAGCUUCGUCGGUAGCGGCGGUAAUGGGGGCUUCGGAGACGUUUCAGGUUUGCUGCUGAUGCUCCCUAAGGAGAUGUUUGACCUUGACAAGGAGAGGGGCAGGGAACCCCCUUCCUUGGAGCUCCGUUUUCAAGUCCCCGACUUUAGGCCCGUCCUCAGGGAUUUCUUCAGGGCAAGAGAAGUUGGUGAGUUUCUUAGCGGUGCUUUGGCGGGGGCUAUGACGAAAGCUGUUCUUGCUCCUCUUGAGACAAUCAGGACAAGGAUGGUGGUCGGUGUAGGAUCCAAAAGUAUCACUGGUAGUUUCUUGGAGGUAAUUGAACAGCAGGGCUUGUCUGGGUUGUGGGCUGGUAACACAAUCAAUAUUCUCCGUAUAAUCCCCACGCAGGCAAUUGAGCUUGGAACAUUCGAGUGUGUGAAACGAGCAGUGACAUCUGCUCAAGAAAAAUGGAAUGAGGACGAGAGCCCCAAAUUGCAAAUUGGUGGUCUCACGUUGAACCUGUCUCUUUCAUGGGUCUCUCCAGUUGCUGUUGCUGGUGCUGCUGCUGGGAUUGCUAGCACUCUUGCAUGCCACCCCCUCGAGGUUUUGAAGGAUCGGUUGACUGUGAGCCCCGACAUGUAUCCGAGUCUGAGGGUCGCUGUUAGUAAGAUAUUUCAGGAUGGAGGGAUCGGUGCAUUUUAUGCCGGCAUAUCUCCUACACUGAUUGGCAUGCUUCCAUAUAGUACAAGCUAUUACUUCAUUUAUGAGACUGCAAAGAAGUCUUACUGUUCGGCGAAGAAAAAGAAAUCCUUGAACCGCCCGGAGUUGCUUCUAAUUGGGGCUCUAGCUGGUUUUACAGCGAGCACUCUAAGCUUUCCCUUGGAGGUGGCGAGGAAGAGGCUAAUGGUGGGAGCUCUGCAAGGGAAGUGCCCGCCUCACAUGGCAGCGGCUCUAGCUGAAGUGGUUCAGGAGCAGGGAUUGAUGGGGCUGUACAGGGGAUGGGGUGCAAGUUGCUUGAAAGUUAUGCCUUCUUCUGGCAUCACCUGGAUGUUCUACGAAGCUUGGAAGGACAUCUUACUUUCUGACCAUCCCUUGCAAUAACUGAUGUAAUUGAUUUUGCAUUCGUUUUUAUAUUUCUUACAAUGCAUCGCCGCAGCCACUUAGUGGAUCCCACCGCCACAUGUUAUUUGUUGUUCUUGGUUGGGGGAAAAGCUUAUUUGAUGUAAAAGACCGAAGAAGGUGGGGAUUCAGUCUCAGAGGGGGUGAGAGAGAUUACUCCUCCACCUCCUUUCAUAUUCCCUUUUUACAGCCAUAGAUAGAUUAUUGUCA